AAAGUGACAUGACAUUGAUUUAAAAACGAGGUUGCAAAUAUAUUUGGUUAUUUUUGAAAGGAAAAAUAAAUGUCAUAUUCAGUAUGCUCACUGUAUUUGUUUAGAUGUAUUUUAUCUUUAUGGGAAGAAAGAAUUUGUUAGUGAGUUUCGUAGGCACUUCGGCUAGGAAAUUCAGAGAGUUGCAAGAGAUCUGGAUUCUGCCGUGGUGGGGGAGUAGUAGGUUGGCUGCGGCGCCUCUGUGGGCGUUGGACACGCUGGUGCUAGUGGUUAAGUUGUUCUCGACGUGUGCUGUAGCGGUGUUUAGGGUGCUGGUGCCACCAGUUAUGAAGAGUUUACAUGGAGAAACUAUAUUGAUAACGGGAGCAGGUAACGGCCUAGGCCGGGAGCUGGCGAUACAAUUCGCUGAACUUGGCGCCACAGUCGUCUGCUGGGACAAGGAUGCGAGGCGGAACGAUGCAGUGGUCAACGAAAUACGAAGCAAAGACGGAGAGUGCUUUGGCUACACGGUGGACGUGACAGUCCGUGAGCAAGUGUUCGCGCUAGCCACACUAAUGCGGCGUCAGCUGACGGAGGUGUCAAUGGUAGUCAGUAACGCUGGCUCGUUGACAGCUGCACCACUCACCUGUCUUCGGCCGGAAGCAGUGGCUAAGAUAGUUGAAGUCAAUUUACUGGCGCAUUUCUGGGUAUUCCAAGCGUUCUUGCCGAGCAUGAUCGAGAGACGGCGUGGCCACAUCGUGGCAAUCAACUCAAGCGCAGGACUUAUGCCCUGUGCGGACAUGGCGCCAUACUGUGCAGCCAAAUUUGGACUUAGAGGCCUAAUGGACUCCAUAUCAGAGGAGCUUCGCCUAGACGCCUGGACGAAGAAUAUCCACACUACAUCCGUGUACGUGGCCACCAUGGCUACGGGAAUGUAUCCAGCGCCUACGCACAGAUUCGCCUUUUAUUGCCCCGAACUCGCGCCCAAAGACGCGGCGAGAAUGAUCAUUGAAGGCGUAAGGCAGAACAAUCGCAUCGUCUGCAUACCAUCCUUCAUGAAGACACUGAUCGACUUUAACAACCUUAUACCGUACAGAUUAAGGAUCAUUUUCACAGACUUCUUCAACUUUGGCCAUCGGGGAUGGUUCUGCUUCUGUUAAGUGAAUCACAAGUUUGCUAUUUUGAGCUAAAGUAUUUUUUUUAUUCGCAGAAUAUUAGGAAUGCGUGCUCAGUUAAUAAAAUGGUGGGUGGUAUAAAAAAAAUUCAAAAGGAUUUUCGGAUCCGCCUGUUGCACGCAUGUCUCUUAUUACACGCGCAUAAUAGUAUUGCUGUCCUGCCCUCUCUCUGUGAGUGAGUGUGAUAGCAAUAUAAUCAUGCGCGGGCAAUAUAGAUAACGUCAGGCGGGUCAACGUACGAAUAUACUUGUGGCAAGGGUCUUUUCUUUUUGUUAGUUUACUUUUUGCCGCCCGUGUUUGUGAUUGCUCAAACAAAAGACAAAGGUCCGGAUAGCUUUAUGAUAUACUGGCAAUAUUACCAUACCUCUUAUUUAAGUUUUUUCUAGAAUAUAAGUUAUCCUAUUAGAUGAUAGCUAUGUUAUACACACGGUAAUAAAAAUCUAAAUUCACAGUGUACGGUUUUAUAUUUGUGUAUAUUUCACUAGUCGUUAUAGUUAAUUUUAAUAGGUAAUUAUUGGUUUAUGAUUGAAUUUAAACAAUAAAAUAUUGUUU